GUAGCAAUGGCGCAGAGGGACCCGCUUAUGCGCAAAUACACCGUCUAUUACGGUCAAAUAGCCGUUAACGCGGCGCGGACACACCACACCGUCACCAUCACCGCCACCGGCGUACUCCGACUGAGUAAAAGUCAAGAUGGCGACUGAUGGUCAGUUCGAAUAUGAGUCGAUCCUCUGUGUCAAACCUGAAGUCAACGUUUACCGAAUCCCACCGAGAACAUCUAACCGGGCUAUCAGGGCUGCUGAUUGGAAGCUGGAUGCUCCUGACUGGACGGGACGCAUGCGUGUGACGGCCCGGGGCAAAGUAGCCUACGUGAAAUUGGAAGACAAAGUCUCUGGGGAGCUUUUUGCCCAAGCACCAGUGGACGAGUAUCCUGGAGUUGCAGUGGAAACAGUUAGCGACUCAAGCCGUUACUUUGUGCUGCGCAUCAUGGACGACAACGGCCGCACUGCAUUCAUAGGCAUUGGGUUUGGAGACCGAAGCGAUGCCUUCGACUUCAAUGUCGCACUUCAGGACCACUUUAAGUGGGUGAAACAGGAAACUGAAUUUAGCAAGCAGGCUCAGGCUCCAGACUCCACUCCAAAGCUGGACCUGGGCUUCAAAGAAGGACAGACCAUUACUCUGAACAUUGGGCAAUCGAAAAAGAAGGACAGGUCUCGUCCACAGAGUUCAGGCGGCUUUGGGCUCCUUCCACCUCCCCCUGGGGGAAAACUGGCUCCACCCCCUUCUUCCAGAUCAACAAAUCAUAACACACAACCAUCAGCAGGAGGAAGUGACUCUGGGUGUUUGCUAGACCUGGACUCCAGUAACUCCAACUCUGUGGCUCCACCCAACCCCACCUCGACAGGCAGCUCUGACCUGUGGGGAGACUUUGAUUCUGCAUCCCCGAAGUGAGGAGAGAGUCCCCCUGUUUUUUUCUCCCUUUUCUCUGUAAAUUUAUGCAGCACUUUUUGCAACUUUCUUUUCCCGAUUACGGGGUCCCGUAUCUCUCCCUGCCAAGCAGGGUAAGCCCCUGUCGUAGUUUUAUUUCUCUUGAAUUCCUCCUACUUUGUUCUGACCCCACAGCACCGUCUUAAUUACGCUUACAGCUACAGCUGCGGGCCAACUUGACAUAUUCAGCAGGCUCUGCAUCCCAUCAUUCACUCCAUCUGCUUGGACUCUGUAUUUGUCUAGAUUCGCCCUGUAACAGUUUAUUCCGCCAAUUUUCCCGUUCUUACAGUGUUUUAUUUGCUAAUGAUACACAAUAGGAAUAUCAAGGGACGCAUAAUCUUGUCAUCAACAUCUAAUGAUCUACUGAAAUCUAAUGAAAUGUUCAUGAAUGACUUAAAUGUACAGAGAAUAUUUAUUUUAAAUGUGUAUAUACAUAUAUUGUAAGUGGUUUGUAAUUAUUGUUGUUGGUCUACGUCCUGUUUCUCCAAGUCUCCAGCAGCGGGACUGAUUAUAUGCACUGACUGACGGUCGCAUCUGUCUGUGUAGUUAGUAAUUCAUGAAAUCCGCAGUGAACGCCAUGAUUGGCUCAUGCUAGCUUCAGAUUAUUGCAACGUUUACCGCAUAAGGAUUUUACUUGAAAGACUCCUGUUAAGUCGCAGCUGAUUUACAGAGCGGCCGUGCUCUUUAGCACUCUCUGCUCGGCUCUUGCGGUUCUGCAGCUGUCAAACACAUAUUCCACCGGGGACGGGCCGCGGGAGCCGCGCGCAUUGUUUUAACCAUAAAUCAGGACACUUGGAAGCAGGAAUGCUGGAUGGGAGAGGGUGUAAGCAAAAGAAGGAGAGGCAUCAAGUGCUUUUAUCUUUGCCUCAGGGGGGAAGCAGAGAUGAUUUAGUCCGUGUUAUGUCAUCUUCACUCAGCACAGCUGUUAAAGUUGUGACUGGUGAGUCAUUUAGGUCACGGCCUCUCUCCUCGUCAGUGAAUCGCUCUGUGUUUCUGUCUCCGUAAGUGUUUAUGAGAAGGGCGAUCGGGUCGUGCUCAAGCACAGCGUGUUGUGCUGUACAGAUGAGUUAAAUGUGAACUCCAGUUCCAUAUCAAGGUGUUAAGCUAUCAGCGGUAUUGUGAUGCAGACAAAUGCAACGUGGAAAUAAGAUAGUCCGUGUUUGAUGCAGUGUUUUGUUGUGAUAUUGUUGUGUACCCAGAGAUGGAUUAUGUAAAAAAUGAUAUCACACGCACAUGUGUUGUAACAGAUGUGCAGUGGAAAGUGGUGUGAUAAUGGAUCAGAGAACAGAGUGUGUGUGAGUGUAAAGCCCCAAGGAUGCUUGUCAGUGUUUGUUUAUUGUCUAAAUUAUUUCUCCCAGAUGUUACCUGUUAUUCAAACCGUAAGUGUGUGUGCAAAUGAAUAUGCAAAGAAAACUAUAAAGAAAACACUUAA